GUUAAGAUUCUUCCCCCAGUGUAACACAGCAUACCUCUGGAUUUCAGCAUGGUCCCCACAAUUUUCCUCGUCGUGUCCGCUCUUUGCUUCCAACAGGCAUUCUCAGCCUCGUAUUUUAAAUUUGUCGACUGUGGAACGGAUCCUAACCGCCCCAUCAUCUUCAAAGAGGGAGAUGUUACCCCACACCCACUCCAGCUUCCGGGUACCAUCGGGGCUCACUUCACGGCCCAGGUUAAAAAAGAUGUGGGUAAUAACCCGAUUAUCAUGGAUGUGAGCAUUAACAAAACCGUGCUUGGCCAGCCCCAGAAGAUACCCUGUGUGUCCCAGGUGGGAACUUGCCAUUACCCAGACGUCUGUGCGAUGAUAUCCAAGUACAAGACCUCUGGGUGUCCCAAAGAGAUAGACGGAACGAACCUCCCGUGUUUCUGUCCAUUUAAGGCUGGUACGGUCACCCUAGCCCCUACCAACUUCGUUGUAGAGAAAGUCAAUGCUCUUUACACGUGGCUCGCAUCGGGAGAGUUCCAAGCCCGGCUUCAGCUACACGACUCAGUAACCAAGAACGAGGUCGGGUGUCUGUAUGCCCAAAUCCAGGUCGGAAAACAGGGAUUCCUGUUCGGUUAACUUAGCAACUUAACACUUCAUAUACUGUAAUUGCCUGAAUAAACAAGCUGACU